CUCAUUUUCUCACCCCCUUUUGCCGACCAAAUGAAACAUCCCAAGUAACCUGCAUUCCCCAAUUCGUUUCUCUCUCGAUGCAGGACCUCUUCGGAUCAGUUCGCCGAUCACUGGUGUUCCGUCCAGCACCGGAGAAUCAAGAGAACAACCCACCUCAGCCACCAUUACCACUUGCAGGCGCCCUUGUCGACAAGAUCAAUUCUUGCAUUCGGAAAUCACGGGUGUUCUCCAAAACAUCUUCUCCUUCUCCUUCCCAAUCUCCUCCUCCCAAAAUGGCGCCUCCGAUCCGCUGGCGCAAAGGCGAGUUGAUCGGUUGCGGCGCUUUUGGGAGAGUCUACAUGGGGAUGAAUCUUGAUUCGGGGGAGCUUUUGGCUGUGAAGCAGGUCUUGGUUGCAGCCAAUAGUGCUUUCAAGGAAAAAGCUCAGGCACACAUCAAGGACCUUGAGGAGGAAGUGAAACUUCUCAAGAAUCUUUCCCAUCCAAACAUUGUAAGAUACUUGGGUACGGUAAGGGAGGAGGAAACUUUAAAUAUUCUGUUGGAAUUUGUUCCUGGUGGAUCAAUAUCAUCUCUUUUGGGCAAAUUUGGACCCUUCCCAGAGGCUGUUAUGAGAACAUACACAAAGCAACUGCUGUUAGGGCUGGAAUAUUUACAUAACAAUGGAAUUAUGCACAGGGACAUUAAGGGGGCAAAUAUUCUUGUAGAUAAUAAAGGAUGCAUUAAACUUGCAGAUUUUGGUGCGUCCAAGCAAGUUGUGGAGCUGGCUACCGUUUCGGGUGCCAAGUCUAUGAAGGGCACUCCUUAUUGGAUGGCUCCUGAAGUUAUUCUCCAGACUGGGCAUAGCUUCUCUGCUGAUAUAUGGAGCGUUGGCUGUACGAUGAUUGAGAUGGCAACUGGGAAGCCUCCUUGGAGCCAGCAGUACCAAGAGGUUGCUGCUCUGUUCUAUAUUGGGACAACGAAGUCUCAUCCACCAAUCCCAGAGCAUCUCUCUGUUGAUGCAAAAGAUUUUCUGCUGAAAUGUUUGCAGAAGGAACCAAAUUUGCGACCAGUAGCAUCUGAAUUGCUUAAGCAUCCCUUUGUCACUGGGGAACAUGAAGAAUCUAAUCCCAUUUUCCCUGAUUCAGUCAUUGAAAGUUCUGAUACUCCUUCACCAUCAAAUGGAAAAAACCUCGAAACAUUUCAAAAGCCUACAUGCACUGACUCUGUAGAUAUCUGUAAUCUGGGUAGCCUAGACCACUCAAGUGCCUAUCCUGAGAAAAUGCCAGAAAGUGAGCUCCUCAGGGGAACAAGCAACAGUGAUGAUGAUAUGUGUCGGAUUGAUGAAGAAGAUUUUAUGGUUGGUGAAGUGAAGCUUAGCUCUUCUUUAAAACCUGGAAAUGUAAACAAUAAGAACUGUGAUACUAUGUGCGAGCUCUCUGGUGACUGGAAUUGCAAAUUUGAAGUGAGUCCUAAAGUGGAGCAGAAUGGAACAAAAAUGGACACAGAUCAACCAUCAUUGUCUGAGGAUGAUGAGGAACUUACUGAAUCAAAAAUCAGAGCUUUUCUGGAUGAGAAGGCUUUAGAAUUGAAGAAACUACAGACACCCUUAUAUGAAGAGUUCUACAACAGUUUGAAUGUGGUGUCCUCUCCAAGUUUAAUUGAGAAUCGACGAGAUGAGACUCCUUCAAAUUACUUGAAAUUGCCUCCAAAAAGCAGGUCACCCGCUCGUGGUCCUGCUGGAUCCCCAUCUACAGCUGCUGAUGUUGUUAGUACGGGAAGCCCCGGGAGUAAUAGCAAGCAUGUCUCAAAUAUUGAUGAUGGAGGUGAUCAUACUCCACAAGACACUCGUCGUCUCAGUUAGUGAUUGGAGAGGACUUCUAGGAGAUGCUAAGCAGGAAUCAAGUAGCUGAGUAUGAGCUUUUCCGAGAGACAGAGAAAGUGGAAAGAAGAGCUUGACCAAGAACUUGAGAGGAAGAGAGAGAUGAUGAGGCAAGCGGGAAUGGGAGGAAAAACAUCAUCUCCCAAGGAUCGAAUCUUGAAUCGUCAGAGAGAGAGGACAAGAUUUGCUUCUCCUAGCAAAUGAUUGUAAAUAGGGUCAUUUUUCGUUUCUGGAGUUGAACAUAAGAUACACAAUUCUGUGAAGAGUGUGAGCUGUUUCUUUUACCUAGCGCAGAUCAGUUUGCCAUCUCUGUGACCAAAGAAUGGAGAAGAAGCAAGAUCAAAAGCAAACUCUCAUUGUCCCGCCUGUUAUAAUGUCUUAUUCCCCUGUUCUAGAGUCUCAAAGCCGGUGUCCGGAAAUGGUUGAAACAAAGAAGAGUUAUCUUGUUCUUGUUAUUGAACCACUGAGGAGGGUAGCUUUUUGAAAAUGAUGUGUCUGGUUGUCUGGGUAGUUUUUGAAGAUGUUGGGAAUGGACAAAGGAGUCUCAACUCUCAAGUUUGUGUCUUGUGCAUGUUGUAUUAUUGAUGUAGAAUAAAUCAUUUGCAGGGUUGAGAUUGAUACUACAA